AUGACCCAGAUGAAGAAUUGCAUACAUUUUGAUUGUAAUUAUAGCAAGAAACUAUUUACAAUUGCUAUUGAUAUCGGUGGAACUUUGGCGAAAGUUGUAUAUUCACCAUUGUGCUCUAAUACACUUUGCUUUGAUACAAUUGAAAGUGCACGGAUUGAUGAUUUCAUUCUGCUGCUACAUAACUUGGUGAAGGAUCACAAUAAUAAUGAUUACCAGACUACGCAGAUCAUUGCCACUGGUGGAGGUGCAUACAAGUUUUAUAAUUUGCUGACAAAAGAGUUUUCUAAUAUCAAAUCAAUUUCACGGUUCGAUGAAAUGGAAUGCUUGAUCAAAGGUUUGAAUAUGUUCAUACACAAAAUUAAAGACGAAGUGUUUACUUACAAUGACAUCGAAGGAAUGAAAAUCAUACAGCACAGUUUAAAUUCUAAAGAGGAUGCGAAUAAUAAUAAGAAUAUAGACACAUUGAUUUAUCCCUAUCUGUUAGUGAAUAUAGGUUCAGGAGUCUCCAUCUUGAAAGUAGAGUCUCCAAAUGAGUUUUCAAGGGUUGGUGGCUCUAGCUUAGGAGGAGGCACUCUUUGGGGAUUGCUCUCUUUGAUCACCGGCGCAAAGACUUACGAUGAAAUGUUAAGUUGGGCACAAGAAGGUGAUAAUACAAAUGUGGAUAUGCUUGUAGGUGAUAUAUAUGGCUCCGGAUACAGCAACAUAGGUCUGAAAUCAACCCAUAUUGCUUCUUCAUUUGCAAAAGUGUUUGAAAAUAGGAGUUCUUCCACAUCUACCGAAACUAAAAAAGACAUGAGUAACGAAUUAGAAAAUUUAAGCAUUGAUGAUAAUGAAAAUCCAAACGAAUCCUCAAGGAUAACCUCCACUGAGAUAAUAAAUAGAAGAAAAACUGAGAAAUCAUUCAGAAAUGAAGAUAUAUCAAAGAGUCUAUUAUAUGCCAUAUCGAAUAAUAUCGGCCAAAUUGCAUAUUUACAAGCCAAAAUCCAUAAUGUGCAUAAUAUCUAUUUCGGCGGUUCAUAUAUAAGAGGCCAUUUGACAACUAUGAAUACAUUAAGCUAUGCAAUCAAUUUUUGGUCUGAUGGAACGAAACAAGCAUUUUUCUUAAAGCAUGAAGGUUACCUAGGUGCCAUGGGUGCAUUUUUAAGUGAGGUUGAAUGA